AUGACCGCACCGCGGGGCCGGCCGUCAUGGUCUGUUAGUCGGCUGUUCCCGGCAAUGCUGCUGGUGACCGUCCAGUUCACCAACGCAUACGACCUAGACCCAAGCGACCAUAACAAUGUUAAGACUAUCGCAAGGUCGAUGACCGAAGACCUCAUGGCCUUUUACGACGGAGACAAGCCGGGCAAUACCCCGGGUCUCCUACCCAGUCCAUACUACUGGUGGGAGGCUGGCGCCCUCAUGGGCACCAUGAUCGACUACUGGUACUACACGGGCGACGACACCUGGAACGACGUCGUCACCCAGGGACUCCUGCACCAAGUGGGAAAAUACAACGACUACAUGCCGGACAACCAGACGUUAACUGAAGGCAACGACGACCAGGGCUUCUGGGGACUCGCCGUCAUGUCAGCCGCCGAGUACAAGUUCCCCGAUCCUCCCAAGGACAAGCCGCAGUGGCUAGCGCUGGCACAGGCAGUUUUCAAUACCCAAGCCGCGCGCUGGGAUCCCGACCAUUGUGCAGGAGGGCUUAGGUGGCAGAUCUUCAACUGGAACAAGGGGUACGAUUACAAAAACACCAUCUCGCAGGCUUGUUUCUUUGCCCUCGCCGGGCGCCUGGCUCUCUACACUGGCAACUCGUCCUACUCCGAAUGGGCCGAUAAAACGUGGGAUUGGAUGGUUGGCGUCAACUUCAUCUCGGACGACUACUACGUUUACGACGGCGGUCACAUCCAGUACAACUGCACGAACAUCGUGCCCUACCAGUGGUCUUACAAUGCCGGCGGCAUAAUCCUCGGUGCGGCCGCCAUGUACAACUACACCAAGAGCGAGGUGUGGAAGAACCGGCUUGAUGGGCUCGUCAAGGGUGCCGACGUCUUCUUUGUCGGAGAGGAGAAGAACAUCAUGCAAGAGGUGGCGUGUGAGACGGUGGGACUAUGCAACGUUGACCAGCAGUCGUUCAAGGCCUAUCUCAGUCGCUGGCUAGUCGCCAUCACGAAAUGGGCACCGCACUUGUCGGAUCGUAUUAUGGACAAGAUUCGACCUUCGUCCAUUGCGGCCGCAGCCCAAUGCAAAGGCGGCUCGAACGGGCGCAUGUGCGGACUGAAGUGGACCGACAACGGAACUUGGGACGGGAUGCAAGGCGUCGGACAGCAAAUGGCGGCCCUUGAGGUCACCCUCGGCAACCUCAUUCAGAAGUCCAGCGACCCCGUUACUGCCGAUGGUGGCGGCACUUCUGAGGGCGAUCCCGGAGGAGGAGGCAGCGAUAUCGGGCGAACGGUUCCGGCCGUCUCGAAUUAUCCCCCUUUGAGCGCGGGCGACACCGCUGCAGCAGCAAUCUUGACGAUGAUUGUGCUUGGGCUGCUUGUGAUCGGAAUCCUUUGGAUGUUUAUGGACGAAACGUCCAAAAAGCCCCUUCAGGAGCGGUUUUUCGACUUCAGAUCCGCGCUGCUCGGAGGGGGCGGCCUCGCGGCUCUGGGCGCGCGACACAAGACAGAUGAGAUGAACGAGAAAGGGAAGGGCAUCGAAAAGGAGAACGAGAACGAGAAUGACGCCUCGAGCGACGGGGCGAGUUCGCGCGAAACCGGCAUCUUGUCUCCGUUGCCGGCGAGGGGGCAUGCCUUGAGAAGCCAGGAUUUACCACAGCGAGGCAGCAUGGUGUCGCAGAUGAGCGGCACAACAGUGGUCUCAGCCCAUCCUUCGGGGAUCCCCAUGGUGAGAGAGAAGAGGCUCAGCAGGAAGACCAAGAACCCCAUGCUGCGGAACAGCAUGGCAUCGCAGCGGUCUGCUCGGAUCGAGUAG